GUCUUGCCCGUAUGAAUCGAUUGCAUUUCAAUUUUUUUUUUAACGAUAGUCGCUUUUAAAACUACUAAACGAAUAACACUAUAAUUAUUUCAUCAUUCAUAUAUAAAGUCGCGUGUCGGUGUAGUCUUAAAUCGUGUUGCAGUUAUUUUAAUUGUUUGAACAUUUUUGUGCAACGUCCAAAAAUAGUGAUUCCGGUUCGGUGUUAGUACGAAUUAAUAUUGGGCAUGAUUAGUUCUUGUUUAACCGGACAAAUAUAACAGUAAUUCAAUAAUUAUUAUUUAUAAACAUUCUAAACGUUUUGAACCAACAAAUUCUUAUAUCUUGAUUCGUGAACACAAAAUUGCCGCUGUGUUUUGUCAUGUGAGAUCUCCGAAUCGUAAAACACAUAGAUCCACGAAUAUCCCAUAAACCGCGUAAAAUGUACGUGGAAAAUGUCGGCAGGACUCUUUUCACCUUAUCCAUUGCGGCAUAUUUGGUUUUAGAUCAUGUUGGUCUAAUAGAAGCAGCGUCCGAAGUUUCUAAUUAUGAAUUUUGGCCGUCGAACAUAUUGGGUAAGCGCGCGAUGCAGUUGGUCCGGGAUCAUCUGUCUAGAAGACAAGAGAGACAAAAGUCACGAACGUCAAAACAAAUUUGCUACGAUAUGGUUGGAUGUUUUCCUAUACCUCGUACGAGCUAUUCGCCACUUAUGAAGUCACCUCAAUCGCCGGACGCGGUCGACACAAAAUUCUUGGUGAUGACCCGACACAACCGAAGCGAUUUAACAUAUAUCACGUACGGCGACCAACACGUAUCGUUGAAGAAUUCCAACUUGCGACCGGAACUACCAACUAAGAUCAUAAUCCACGGGUUCAAAGGCAGUGGGCGUGAUAAGGUGGCCAGACUCUUGGGCAACGCGCUUUUGGACCUGGCAGACGUUAACGUGGUAUUCGUGGACUGGGAAAAAGGAGCCGCUGGCCCUGCGUACGCACUAGCGGCGGCCAACACACAACUGAUCGGCCGACAGUUGGCGAUAUUGAUUGCGGACAUGGUGGCGUUGAGCAGCGACCCACAGCACAUUCACCUGAUUGGGUUCAGUCUGGGCGCACAUGUUGCCGGUUUCGCGGGCAAGGCGUUGAAAGCAAUUGAAAACGUCUCGAUCGGCAGGAUAACAGGUUUGGAUCCGGCGUCCCCAUUGUUCAGGCAAAUGUUGACAGCUUCGCUCUCAUCACUCGGUAAGGAUGAUGCAGCAUUCGUGGACGUAGUGCACACAGACGGCGCCAGGAUAUGGUCCGAGGGGUUCGGGCUGUUCAACCCGAUCGGUGACGUCGACUACUUCCCUAAUGGUGGACUGGACCAGCCCGGCUGCGAGCAAAUCCGAGGAUCGGUGAUCGUCAGCCGCUUCGAGGGUACGACUAACUCGAGUGUGGUGUGCAAUCAUCUCCGGGCGUUGCAGUUUUUCCUCGAAAAUCUCAAAGCUGUGUCCGACCCCGACGCGUGCCAGUUUACCUCGUUCCCGUGCCCCGCAGGAUGGUCCGCGUUCCAGAGGGGCGAAUGCUUCCCCAUGAACUGCACAGAUUCCAAUUGCGUAACAAUGGGGUUUGCGGCAUCGCAAUCGAAACUCCGCGGCCCGUUGUACUUGACAACUAGAGAUUCAAGUCCAUUUUGUGGACGGCAGAUGAAAGCGUCUGUUUUACUCUCUCCGAAAACAUCAAAACUUCGAGGCUACUUGCAAAUAUCGUUAGAAGACGGCAACAAUACCUCGGCGAACUUUAAACUCCGAACAAAGCAUUCCGAUUAUAUUUCUGGUGGAAUUCUGGCUGAAGGACUAUCGGUUGCUAAGUACGAUAAGUCUGUGCCCAGAAAUUUGAACGUCGAGUUGAGCUUCCAAUCUUUAGCUUAUCAAACGGAAAACGAAAAAUAUGGUAUGAAUAAUAUCAACGUACUGGUGGACAGAAUAUCGAUUUUUGACACGGAAGGAAACGUGUGGUCCAAUUGCAACGAGAAUUCAAAUUUAGCGCACGUCAACGGAACAAUGAUAUACGCUAAAACCUAUUCGCUUUCAUUAUAUGCUUGUUGACGAGAUGACUGAACAUCGCCGACACUUAUAUUUUAUUUAUUGAGAAUACCUAUACUUAACGAACGACUGAAAUAUUUCUACUUAUUUGUAGAUGAUAUAUAUACAUAUAUUUUACUAAUCAAUUUAAUUUUAAUAAUAAAUUUACGGUAUUUACAUUUUGUACUUAUAUAAUAUAUUCUAAUUUUAAUACGAAAUCGUUGUAUUAUAUAAAAAUUUGCAGUUUACUCCGUCAUUGCGUAAAUUACGGUAGGUAAAGGCUUAGCUUAGAUUGUAGGUUUUGUCCUACAGUAAUAUUUCAUAGACUGAAGCCUGCGGACUGACUUAGGUACAUCUAAAUUAAACCUUACACAUAUAAAAGAAAGAAUUUUGUAAUAAAUUAUUAAUUUAAACGUUUUA